UAGUAAAACGUUGCAAAGAAAGUGAUUUUUUCCUAAACUGUAUAAAAAGUGUCUCCUUUAUCUCUUUGAUGAAGCAAUAUUAUCUGUGCUGUAGAUUACAGUAGUUUGUCAUUGGAGCUUUUUCAAGUAUCGUGAACGAAAGUUCUCUUCAGUGUUAGUCGCAGAGUUUUCUUGAAAACUCUAACGUUUGAUAAGGGCAUAUUACCGAUCAAUACUUAACACUUUUGUCACCUCCGAACGAACCAACAACGGAGCUCAAGCAAUUAGCUAAUGAUUCUUCUUCUCGAUCUCGUUCGACAUCCAAUGGUGCACCUUCCUCUCGACAGUUCGUAAAACUAGUUUCGGAAGGUAUGGAGGACGAAACGAUUUUUAGCGAGAAGCAAUCAAUACGGGAAUCGGCCCGGGGAGCGCUAAAGAAGUACGGCAGUAUUUCUGGCACGGCCAACAGCGGGAGCGGUAACCGAUCGCCUGCCCUGUGCACCGAUGCGUUAAUCCGGCAUGACAUCGAGAAGACCGAUACCCUGCAGGGAAUCGCGCUUAAAUAUGAAUGCAGUAUGGAACAAAUCCGCCGUAUCAAUCGUCUUCUACCAACCGACACAAUCUUUCUGCGACCUUUUCUCAUGAUACCUGUGGGGAAAGAUUCACCCUACUAUCCGAAAGAUCCAUCGGCGAUUAUACGACCUAGUGCACUCUCAAUUCGGUCGGCUUCGGUUGCUGGCUGUCCGUCCAGUUCAUCUGCCUCCUCGACGCCGGUGACAGAUCAAGGCAUCAGUGAAGCUAGCGCUAUUUCACCAGAAGAGGAAAGUCGAAAGAAUAUGGAAGAGUUUCUUGGCAAAAUUGAUUCCUCAAUCGCUUCUUCCCGGAAGUACAUAGCGGAAUCUCAGAAAAACAGUGAAUUCAUGUCCAGUCAGAGCGACGAUAAUAUAUUCAGUUCCGGUGCCAGCGUCAAUAGCAGUGGGUACUACUCAAAACCACGGGCAUACUCGACGGCUUCGUCGUCGUCGUCAAUUUCAUCAUAUCAGCAGUAUCAUUACCAUAAUAUCACUGGCGCAACGGGAGGAACAGGUGCUAGUUCGUCGUCCCAUCACCAUCACAUUCGACAAAAUUCAUCAGGAAGCACGGCUUCUGACACGAGCCAGUUAAUUGUUAUGACCCAAGGAAAACGGGUACAAAGUUCACUGCAAAAGCUGGAAAAACAACAAGACGAACUGUUCGAGUUGUAGCAGCAACAACAUCUCCCGCAUGCCUCACAAUCGUCGAUGAAACCCAAUCAGCCUGAAUUGAAAAUGCUAGUUGAAUAUCGUCGUCAUGAGCAGUAUUUGCUUACUGCAGGAUCCAGUGACGAUUGUUUCCACUAUCAAGUCCAUCCAUCGUACCGGCAACUGGCAACAACGUUUGGAUCAGGCUUCAAAUCCAGAAUAAACAGUUUUUUAUCACUGUUGAUGAGAACCAGUCAAAACCGUGAACAGUGUCGGCUGCGCCAUCACCGAUAUCAUCGGCAGCAGAACGAGAUCAUAGAAGUAGAGGAACCAGCAAUCACCAGUCCAGUGCGAAAAAUGAUUUGCAGGACAAAGAAUUAAUUGCCGUUUGUUUGCGAUCAAUUGUCACACACAGAGCAGGGACUGCACAGUGAAUUGCGGCGCGGUAAGUAGUUGAUCACGGUAUAAUAAGGAUUGGUUGAAUGAAGAAAACAAUACAGUUUAGAUCAUCCGUACAUUAAAAUACUUAAAGCUGACUAAUGAGAUUCUUUUAGAGCAAUAGCCUCCAGAAAGCGAAAAAGUAUGUUUCUUAAUGAAUAUAGUGUGAUAUUUAAAGUAUAAGCUUUAACAGUCAUCGUUUCCGCUAAUUAUGAACAGCAAGGUUUUUGUUUCACGCGGCAGCAUACUGGUUCAGUAACAAAAACCACCAGAUGUUUCGUCUUUCAAAGCAAACUAACAUUCUCGCGUCCUGCUGGCUGGAUUUCGACACCAGGCUAAACAAGGUCAACACACACUCAGAUGUACAGAUUAGGUGAAAGUGUCUGCUUGUAUCGUUUCGCAAUUCUCGCCUCGCCCUUAGUAAGCAACUGUAUUAAAUUUAUCGACUAUUAGUUCUAUUGACAUUUUCACCAAAACCAGCGAACAAUAAUUAUACCAACGUUUCAUUUGCAUGUGAUCGCAGUUUGUGAGUAGUUUGAACCUGUCGGGUUGCUACUCAUAAAGUUAUAUUUACCCUACUGAAUUUAACUCAGCUAAUUUGUUACGAAUUAUAAAAAAUGAAAUUUUACGUCCAAUUUUUCGGUUAUUACAUCUUUACUUUUGUUAUAGGCAUGUAAGAAAAUAAGGGUAAUAAAAAUGGAGGUUUUGAAACGUCCCCAACAAUUCUGUUGCUGAAUAAAUUUCAAUAUUCAAUAUUCAAACCAAAUUUUGUCAUAAAUUGCCUAAUUUUCAAUACGAGUUUGCAAUCUUUGUCUCAUCAUGAUAGACCAAGGUCCCGGAAUAGUUCCUUUAAAAUUCGAUGUGUUGUUUCUUUGACUUGUCCUUCAUCACUUUUUACGUGUUUUCGACGUGAGAAAGCUACAGGCGCUGUUUCAUUUACAGCGAACAACAGUAAUCCUCACUUACUUUAGCAGCCGAGAGCACCCCGGUCUCUUGCCGUAUCAAGAAUUUGUCUCCAUUGUACUCGGUCCUAGGCUACUCGUCGUCAAUUAAUUGCGAUACGAUUAAAAACUGAGCCAAAAUCAUACUCUGCAUUCGGCAUUGUGUUACCGUGAACAGUGAUUCACAUAGCAACACUUGGCUUGGCUCUGCACCGUCGUAAAGAGAGAUUGACGCAUUGAUACUGGAUGAUUCUCUUUUAGAGAACAUCAGAACAGCUGGCCCUUAAAACACGAUUAAAGCGUAAAAGGAUACACUAUAUAAGAGAUCAUAGAUCGAAACUUUGGACGACAACCACACUCAGCAGAAGGAUGUUCCAUGUUAGCAAUUGGAAAAACGCGAUUAUUUUCCGAAGCGAAAUAAAAACGCGUGUUGGUCAAAUGUUUAUUUGCAAAUCGGUUAUGAAAGUAAACGUAAUACAAAGUGUCUUUGAAAAUGUAUAAAAGAAUAUCAGUUCUGAAAGAACCACAAAGCCGAAUUGCAUUCAAUCAGCACUAAAUAAUUAACUGACCUAAACGAAAAUGUGCUAUAUAUUUUUCAGUUCUACUUUGCAAUUAUUCAAUUAACAUGAAACACGAUCCGCGCUCACUGCUUGUUAUAAAACCUAGCACUUUUAUUGGAAGUUUUAUCCUUAUAAAUUAAACAUAUAUCAAAUAACGAAAAAAAAUUAAAACCGAUGCCUUUGAUGUGCUACAUUAGGAAUUACCUAACUUGUUGUAUUGGAGCACCCAGAAAUCAAGUGAUAAAUUAUCAUCUUAUAUUGUUCUGUAAAUAAUUCACGUAGGCUUUCACACUCUCAAUAAUUCGCAGUUCCCUAAAAAUCGUUUUGUUUUUCUUUUCUUUUUCUUUGAUUGAGUUCGUCAAAACUAAAUGAAAACAAUGAAAAAUAAUAACGCAGUUUGCAAUGAUAAUCAUCACAAUUAUUCAUCACGAAAUAUGCAAUUGAUUAGUGUGCUAAUUGUUUUCCUUCAGAAGUUGCUCACUACCGCCCAUAACGUAAUUUGUAGUUACUAGAAUCACCUAAACCAAGCAAAAGCAACACUUUAACCAGCCCAAUUUGUGAUAGCUCUUGGUUCUGAUGUUAGAUUCCGUGCAAUCAGAGAGUUCCCACGUUGCUUCGACCGUCACUUGUAUUGUAAUUUUCUAUCAUCUAUCUGAUCUGAGCCACACGAACUAUAAUAAAUGAGAUUCAGUGCCCACUCAUAUUUAUGGUUUCGUUAUACCUUAAAGAAUGGUGCAAUUUGUUGUAGAACCGUUGUCUAAGUAUUAUAGCUUGUUAACGCAAAACAUUUAAUCGCGAUGGAAUGAGAAUAAUCACUAAACACACAAGCGAAUCAAUAGUUAUAACACAAGCAAAACGUACUAUGCUUAAUCGCGUCAGUAAAAGUAGCGAGAAUAAAUAAUGGAUUUAAAAACCACAUUGAUGAUACAUUAAGUGUAAAUACCAAAAAAAGGGUGCACCAGACCAAACAAGAGCGAAAUAGUUAUCUAUUAGUUUGCGAAAACUGUGUGGAAUAAAUUUCGAGGAUUGUUCAGGGAAAAGUCAUCUGAGAGAUAUGAUCUGAAAGGAAACCAAAAUUUGUAGUAAUUAUUUUAAAGGAAAAUUAAACUAUAGAUAGUCACCUAAUACUGUAAUAGCAAUCGAGCAAUCGAACUAAACUUUGGGUAAACAUGAAUAGAGCUAAAGUUGUUGAAUAUAUUCAUGAAUGUAAGUGUAAAUUUGUGUAUAUAUUUGUAGUGGAUGGAGAGCCUACUAUAUAUAACGUAUAUGA